AUGGCGCGCGUGGGGCACGGCGCGCGCGUCGGGCGUUCGAGGCGACGAUGGAUGCGUGUGUUCUUUUCGCCCAUCGUCGCGCUCGCGCUCGUGACGCGCGUUCACGGCGCGCCGAGCGCGAUGGGAUUGCGUAAGAGACCGUUCAAGAACACCGCGGCGCGCGGUCGAGCGCUCGGGUCGACGGCGCGGGAGGUGUACGGGGAGGUGUUGGAGACGGGCGUCCUGGUCGCGUCGUUCGAGCUCGCGGGGGCGCAGACGUUCGAGUUGAUCGUCGACACCGGGAGCUCUCGAACGUACCUGCCGUGCAAGGGGUGCGCGUCGUGCGGUGCGCACGAGGCUGGGAGGUAUUACGAUUACGACGCGAGCGCGGAUUUUUCUCGCGUGGAGUGCUCGGCGUGCGCCGGCAUCGGCGGGAAAUGCGGGACGUCGGGGGUGUGCAGGUAUGACGUUCACUAUCUCGAAGGGAGCGGGAGCGAGGGGUAUCUCGUGCGAGACGUGGUGUCGCUCGGUGGGAGCGUCGGAAACGCGACCGUUGUGUUUGGAUGCGAGGAAAGGGAGCUGGGUUCGAUUAAGCAGCAAAGCGCGGACGGAUUGUUUGGGUUCGGGCGUCAGGCUUACGCGCUUCGAGCGCAACUGGCGAGCGCGAGUGUGAUAGAUGAUUUAUUUAGUAUGUGCGUCGAGGGGUACGAAAAGCUCUCGGGUGAGCACGUCGGGGGAUUGUUGACGCUUGGUAAUUUUGAUUUCGGCGCAGACGCGCCGGCUCUGGUUUACACGCCGAUGGUGAGUUCGGCCAUGUACUACCAAGUUACCACGACCUCUUGGACGCUGGGGAAUAGCGUGGUGGAAGGCUCGCGAGGUGUACUCACCAUAAUCGAUUCCGGGACGUCGUACACGUAUGUACCGGGUAACAUGCACGCACGCUUUCUUCAGCUUGCGGAAGAUGCCGCGCGCGAGAGCGGUUUGGAGAAAGUUGCUCCACCGGAGGAUUAUCCCGACUUGUGCUUUGGCAAUUCCGGAGGACUAGGAUGGAGCACUGUAAGCGAAUACUUCCCGGCGCUGAAGAUUGAGUACCACGGAAGUGCUCGUUUGACACUCUCACCAGAGACGUACCUGUACUGGCAUCAGAAGAACGCGUCGGCGUUUUGUGUCGGCAUUUUAGAGCAUGAUGAUAACAGGAUUCUUUUGGGUCAGAUAACCAUGCGAAACACGUUCACGGAGUUCGAUGUCGCGCGUUCGCAAGUCGGUAUGGCGAGCGCGAACUGCGAGAUGUUGCGAGAGAAGUAUGUUGAGCAUGCGAGCGAGUCUCCGCGACUCCCUCCUCCGCCUCCUCCUCCGUCGCCGUCACAGUCGCCGCUGCCGCCACCGUCACCGCCGGGGUCGAGCGAUGACAACGACUCGGGAGUGUUCGUAUACUUGGCCAUGCCGGUGGUGGGGAUCAUCGGCGUCAUGGGUGGGUCCGCGCUCAUGAAAAAACGAGAUAGUAACCAAUGGCGACGCUUAGAGGAGGAUAUUGGCGAACACUUAGACGGUGAGAUAGAGCUCGUAGAUGUGCCUUGA